CCUGUGGGGAACAGCCCACCGGUGAUGCAGGAAGCCAAGCGUACACCAAGAACGACGCAUAUGCAACCGGUGCGAUUAGCGGGAAAACUACAGAAAUCGGCGAAGAAGAAGAGUACCAAGAAGAAGACACCGAAAAGAUACACUCCAAGAAGGGGAACACCAAAGACAAAGAUCGCGACGAAGAUUGGAACAGCAGGUCGCGCUAAGUACAUCUGUGAGAACAUUCGGGCGCUGUCAGAAUUCAGCGCGAACGAGCUCAAGGAUAUUUGUCGAAAGGAGGACGUGGAGUACGAGAAUAAAGUUUUGGCGACCAUUAAUAUCGCCGAGAAGUGCGCUAUCGAGGCAUACGGCAAGGACGAGGAGGACGUGACGGACGACAAUGUCGAGGUGGUAGUACCGACAAGCGACGACGAAGAUGACGACGAAGUUGCGGAACCGGGCACCGAAUCUACUUUGGCGUUUAGACCGGUAAGUGUGCGAAUUAACAACCAGGAACACGGUGUGAACGUUUUUAAAACGCUGGCCGAAGCAGAGAAGAAGGGGUUCCGAAAAUUCUCUAUGCAAUCGGAAGGAGGUAACGUGUGGGUGGAUGGCUGGAAAAAGAUCCGAAAGGCUUUCGGAACGACUCCAGUAAUUGUUGACGGCACGGCGUCAACUCUAGCCAAGUGCAAGAAGAAUUUGGAGGAGGGGAAGUUAGUGAACAUGGGAUGUCUUCGGCGGUGGCAUCCAAAAGGCAAUCAGGAUAAGAAAGCUCUGGUCAACAUGUUACGUAAUCCGAAGCGGCUUGGCGAAUUGAAGAGCUUCGACGUCACAGUAUUGUUCAGAUACUUCAGCGAAGAGUUUUCACAAGGAAUCAACGAGAUCUUACCUGAGGAGGGUGGAUUACCCUAUCCAAGGAUAGGCGACCAUGUGCGCUUCCGAUUGCAAAAGCUGGACGAUAUUCAUCCCUUACUUUGUAACGCGAACAAUGUUCCACAGGCUUCAUCGCGGAAGCGGAGUGAACUGCUGCAACAGGAAAUCGAACAGGCUUUUGAGAGAUGGCCAAACAUAGGCGGAGGCGUAGUGACUAGCAAGGAAGUGGAGACGUGCAUCCUCAAGGAACCAGCUGAAGCAAACAAGCUUCUGAAGAUGGAGGACGUGAACCAGCUGAGACAGCGUUUGGAUGGUCUGGUACGCACACCAUUGGACAGGAAUACCGGGGAAACCCUGGUGAUUUGUCCGAAGUUGUACCAUGAAGCAAUGAUGAUGAUGUUCGUAUGUAACCCGGGUUAUCGAAUCGUGAAGGAGGACGAGGCGGCGAUCAUCGAGCAGAUGGCGGUGGAUUCGAAGGAGGUGGGCCUAUCUGAUUUCGGAAAACUGAAUAAGAAGGGGACGUUUGGCGCAGCAUACGUGCAGCCAAAGCACAAGGAUUUGGACCGUUAUCGGCCAAUCUGCCCAUCGCACUCAGAACCAUCGGUGCGUACGUCCAAAUGCGUAGCCAGGGCGCUCAAUCAUCUUCUGAGGAAUAUCCCACAAAGCUGGCAUUUCAACUUGAAGGCAGUCUCGGAGGUUGUUCCGCGGCUCGACUCUAUGAAUAAAACAAUGCGAAGGAGAUGUGGAAGCGGUCUACACAUGUCGACGAUGUCUUACGACAUCAAAGACAUGUUCAGUAAGCUGCCGCACAAGAAGAUUAUCGAGGCAGUUGACUGGAUCAUCGACCAUUUCAAGACGAAAGGCGUGAAGAUGGUAAGGGUCAACCCACAAGGAAAGGGAAGCACGUUUGGGAGAACGACUGGCGACGACCAUUGGCGUGUCAUCGAUUUGGAAGAACUGAGGACUUUCGUACGCUUUGACCUCAAGCACACAUACGUCAAAGCAACGGGCGUGCUGAUUAACUAGAUCAUGGGCAUCCCGAUGGGAAAAAGUACGAGUCCACCUUUAGCAUGCAUCAUGUGCGCACACGCCGAA